GCUGCAGAAGGUGUUCACUCUGGAUUGCAGAGCUUACUGAUCCUUAGAGAGCUGCUGCUGCAGAAAAACAACAUGAUCUCCGCGUGUCAUAGCAGCAAUGAAAUCAGGAAAGUGGACCUCCACUGCCAGACCAAUAAUGCCGCCCAUAAGACCAAUGAAAUCAGUACAAAGCAGCUGAUUGUGAGACGAGGACAGCCGUUUCUCAUGACACUUGAGAUGGCCUACGCUUUCCAGCCAUCAGAAAAGGUUCAACUCACAGUGGAAACAGGUCGUUUUGCAUCAGAAAGCCAAGGGACCAAGUGUACGUUUAGUAACCAGGCUCCCAUGUGCGUUGCUGGCAGUAAAGCAGUGUGGAGCUGCAAAGUGGAUGACAGGUCCAACCUGCAGAGGGGCAUACUGAGCCUUUUGGUAACCCCACCCGUUGAUGCUCCAGUGGGGAAGUAUUCCUUGCUGGCAGAAAUAGAGAAUAGGAAAGCCGUAAAGGAAAGCCUGGUGGUGCUGUUCAACCCUUGGUGCCGGGAUGAUUGGGUGCACCUGCCUGAUGAAAAGGAACGGCAGGAAUAUGUGAUGAAUGAACAAGGACUCAUCUACAAGGGGACGGCACACCAAAUCCAACCAAUGAUCUGGGAGUUUGGACAAGUGAGCUUUAAACAUGAAUGGAUUCAGUUGACUCAGGGUUUCUUUUCCCCAACAGGCAGUACAAUGGAGAGAGUGGUCUACGAUCAUGCCAUUAGAGAGAUGAACUUAAAACCCGACAGUAAUGUGCAGCAAAACAGCUGCAAAGUCAUUGAUUCAAAAGUGGAGAUGACCUUACAAGAGGAAACCAGUUACAUAACUGGACAGGAUAUCAAACUGAAUCUGGUUCUGAGCAACAGAGAUAACAGGAAUAAGACAAUGGUGAUCAAUGUUAACGCUCAAGCCAUGAGCUACUUUGGAAAUCCUUUAAAGAACGUCCUGCAUGCUCGGCACGAUAAAACACUGCUGCCUGGACAAGUCGUGAACGUCCCCAUCCUGAUUCCGUACUCCGCCUACAGUGCGUACUCUGCCAUCCUUGACAGCGUGAAGGUGUCUGUCCUGGCCAGAGACAACAAUGGGGACAUCUAUGAGGCAGAGACUGACCUCGCUCUGGAAGACCCACCCCUCUCUAUUAAGGUUUUGGGUGAAACUCGUGUGAACUGUCCUCUGACCAUUCUGGUGGAGUUUCAAAACCCGCUGAAGGAGACGCUGAGGUGCUGUUCUCUGACUGUCGUUGGCUGUGGCCUCUUCGGAUCGCAACACCUAGAGAGUAACUUGGGAGAUGUGGAACCUAAUUCAUCUUUGACGGUCCAGAUCCAGACGGUCCCCUACAAGGCUGGCUUAAAGACGGUGGUGGCCGACUUUGACUGCAGCGCCUUCAGAGACCUAAAGGGAAGCGUCAACGUCUACAUCAAACCAUGAGUCCAUGACUGCUGCGCCCUUCGUUUGGAGUCUCUGAUUCACAAUAUAGUCUGCGUUGUUAAACUUUGGGAGCUUUUGGAUAAAAAAAAAAAUAUAUCUAAAAAUAUUCACUAAUUGAAUUAUGAUUUUAUGAGGAAUUUCUACAAAUUAAGACACCUAUUUUAACAUUUAUUAAUCUCACAUGGGAGAAAUUUACCUCUGCAUUUAACCCAUCCGCUUAGGGAGCAGUGGGCUGCCAUUGUGCGGCGCCCAGAGAGCAAUCAGGACCCACUCCCCGAUGGCGACU